GCUGGGUUGACUGUCCUUAGUUCGCUUGGUAUAUUAAGCUGAUUGCAUUAUCGGAUCAGAUUUAAACUGCAGUCCAACAAUAUACCCGGGACACAUAGUCAAUGCAGUUUUUUAGAUAUCAUUGAAAGUCAAUGUAGUCAGCCAGGAACUGAAGCUAACAUACACGGAGGCGUUAUCAUUUCGACAGAUCCUGGGUUUUAACAGGGACCGACAACAGGCGAUUUCUGCAAUGUCUUCAGACGAAGACAGGGCCAAGGAGAUUUUAAGGGGCUUCAAACUAAACUGGAUGAAUCUUCGAGACGCAGAGACAGGCAAAGUCCUGUGGCAGGGAACUGAGGACCUCUCCGUACCUGGCGUCGAACAUGAAGCCCGUGUUCCGAAGAAGAUCCUGAAGUGUAAAGCAGUGUCCAGAGAAUUGAACUUUUCCUCAUCAGAGAAACUGGAGAAGUUCAGACUGGAGCAGAAAGUUUUCUUCAAGGGGCAGUGUCUAGAAGAAUGGUUUUUUGAGUUUGGUUUUGUUAUCCCAAACUCCACCAACACAUGGCAAUCUCUGAUAGAAGCAGCCCCAGAGUCCCAGAUGAUGCCAGCCAAUGUUUUAACUGGGAAUGUGAUCAUAGAGACCAAGUUCUACGACGAUGACCUCCACGUCAGUACCUCCAGAGUACGACUUUUCUAUGUCUGACCUCUGACCCCCGAUUCUACCUUUCAUAAUGCUGACAUCCUGCCAAGGUCUAUAAAUUACCACGGUUAGAUACAAUUUGCAGCAGUAAACAGCUCGUUGCUGAUUCGGGAUCAGCACACUUGGGAGAAACCAGCUUUGGUCCUACAGUCAGUGAAUUAUAAGCUUUGGAUUUUGGUUUUCCUCUUGUUUUGUUUUGACCUGACCUAGACUUUGGGGGGAGAGGGACUAGAAGGGAAGGAUACUAAUGUUUUUCACUGUUCAAAGAUCAUCUCUCCCUACAAUAUCACCUCCAGACUGUUCCACUGAAAAUACGACUCCGCUCAUCAUAAUUUAGCCAAGGAGCCACCCUGACAUGAGAUGAUUUGUGCUUCUGAAAAAUUCUGCCCUCUGCACUCCAAGGUUGUAUUUACUCAGGAAUAGAAACCCAUGCUUCUCAGUUGUCUGAUUUUAAGUUUUUUUUUUUUGUCUGAACAUGAGACAUUGCUCUCUGUGAAGUCUAUUUAAACACAAAUUGCACAUCAGAGUCAAUGGAAGACUCAAAAAGUUUAACUCUAGAUAACAUUUCCACUUGCUGUGUCCCAUUACAGAGGCUGUCUAGCUUGUCCAAUUUCUUACAGUUGAUUUUUUCAUCAUCAUGGUCAAUCAUGGCUAACUGUAGACUCCUUUUUGUUUACAUUUAAACAACAGGUGAAAAGUCAUACACAUCCACAAUUCCUUUGCUCUGGUCAGUCUCUUCCUAGUUGUAAAUCCAACUAAUUGUUCUAUCUAUGAGGCGAAGAUGGAAGUUAAACUGAUACAUAUUUGUCAGCUUCAAACUCUGUUGACAAGAACUGUCUGAAUGCACAGUUAAUGGUGGUCUCUGUGAGGCCAAGUACUGGAACUGCUAAUGUGGCUUUUGUCCUUUUAAAGACACACUUUAGCAGACAGUGUUUGAGGUGGGACACAGCGUACACCAACUUAACCUCUCCUGUUUUCAAACUGUGUGAACUAGCGUAGAUCAGUUGUUAUCAGGUUAGUGUGUGAUGGAGGACAACAUCCCUGUUGUUAUUCUUGCUGACAACAACAGGAAUUGGUUUAACUGGAGUGCUUCUUGUCUGUAUUGUUUGAAAUGAAAACCAGCUCACUCAAGUUUGAAAGCAAUGUUUUUGAGAGACAAUUAUCAGUAAAUGGGAUAGGUUUUUUGUUAUAUUUAUGUACUGGACUUACAGAGUUAUACAUACUUAAAAGAUUCACCCUCAGCUACAUCAUCUUAAUAUAGGGUGUAGACAAAGACAUGCAUCAUUUAUUCUCUGUAGUUAACGUGUUGUCAGAUUUAUUCCAACUAGACACAGAUAUUAACAGCUGUGUAAGGUAUUCAACUAGUUCUGCUUUGUACAUUCUGCUUAGAUUUUUAACUUUUACUUCACAUCCACUUCACUGCACUCAUGUCAGUGUUUGUUUUUCCUAGAGGCUAACUUAGCUUUGUAAAAUAGACAUGUUUUAACAGAAGUUGUGGAUUAAAGUCACCAAAUGUUGUAAUAAAUGAA